AGCUGACUUGACGUGGAGCGAUCCUCAGGACUUGGCUUCCUUUCUAGGACAACAACUACGCAACCUUCAUCUACUUUCAUAUCCGCCAGUCACACGUCCUGAGUCAUUGUGUGCAAAUGGUGUUCAUGCAGGAGCUGAAGAUUCCACCAGAAUGGAAAGUUUUUGUUGAUGCUCUCUGCCAAAAGAAGAAAGAUGUUAUGUUACUAGUCGUCUGGAAAACUGGUUUACAUAUUCUCCUGACUCUGUUUCCAUUUGCUUUUGUUGUAAAGAAAGCUUUUUGUUGGUGAUUGUUUGGCUCAAACCUUUCAGGGGAAGUCCGAUUCCUCAGGCUCUGAUGAACAAGAUAGACGAAUACAUUCAUGAUGAUUUUUUUUUCUAGACUUGCUCCAUGUUUUCAAGGACACAGAUGUUGGUAACGAAGUCAAGCCCUGCACCUGGAUACACUCAGACGUCAUGGACGACAACAUUCACAUGGAACCAUACGCAGAUGGUGAUGGUCAACACAAUUCCUGGCGUCCCAGUCAUAUUCUUGACUUCAGCGAUCUAUCCAUAGGAGAUCCAAUAUACGACCUGAUACCAAUAUACUUGGACGUGUUUAGAAGAGACACUGAGCUUUUCAAGAAGCUUCUAGAAAGUUACGGCCUUCCUUUAAUCAGAAGUAAGUAUGAAACAGCAGACAGUACGAGGAAGAAAGUAUUGUCUCCUUCCUAUCCACAAUGUGUUAUUGUAUAUUACAUGAAGAGAAUCUGUUGGUUGCAAUGUUCAGUAUUUGGGAUGAGCUUCGGACAGCUGAAUCAUGGGAACAGAUUGAGCUCACUGUUUGGAGUCUAUUUAACUCCUACUGAUGUUUUUUACCUUAAAAGAAAUCUUCUAAAUUUGUUCUUGUUUAUUUAUAUUUGUUUUUUUUUUUGAGUUGUUGUGACUCGGUGAAGGCCGAGUAAUUGAUAGAAAACACAGGUUAUAGUUCAUACUUAUGUGUGAUUAUUUUAAAAUUAUUUCGUGAUUAAUUAAUUAUGCUUUUACGAGAA